AUGGAAUGUGAACCGGACGCUGGUCCCUUAUCAUACCCUGAGCAAGUCCAGGCGGUGACCACUCUCCAAAGUGGUAGGAUGAUAGAUAAUGAAACCGAGGAGGAAUUGAGCAAGGGAGAGAAUGAGGAAGAAAAUAGGGUAGUACCCAAUGUUGAUUCUCACACCUUAUCUUCCUCUAGUUUAGAACAUAAGCCCCUUAACCCCACACCUGCCACUAGAAGGACCAAACCUCACUUGACCCCUCAUAGGGCCUUUCAUGUACCUCCAGUUGCACCUCCUACAGCUCCUCGUACACCUUCCAUAUUUAGGAAUGAGGCCUUAACAGAGUCCAUAUGGGACAUGUUUAAGCAAGUAAGGGUUGACAAGCCUCUCCUAGACGGCACAAAGCAAUCGCCUAUGUUCAAAGAGUUCCUUAAGGACUUAUCAACGCAAGAGCAAGAGUCAAGGGUGCACAUGGACGAAUUGGUUAAUCAGGCCGAGCAUAUGAGCUUUAUGAUAUUAGGGCACCUCGUCCCUAAGCUAAAAAGCCCUGGUUCACCCACUAUUUUAUGUAUAAUUUGCAAUCAUGCCUUUGAUGGGUCUCUCUUGGAUUUAGGGGCAAGCGUGAACAUCCUACCGUACUCGGCCUACAAAAAACUCAACCUCAAGAAGCUGCAGCCCACUCCGGUCACAUUAUGUCUUGCUGAUCAAUCUCUACAGAAACCUUGGGGUGUGAUAGAGGAUGCAAUAGUCAAGGUGGAAGAGUUCCAUUACCCGGUAGAUUACAUUAUCUUAGAUAUGAAACCUUCCACGAAUCCAAUCCCUAUCCUUUUGGGAUGA